CACACACACGGGGAUAAAAGAAAAGGCAGAAAAUGAACCGAAAACGAAUUAUACCAAGAACACGCAAAGCAGACGUGACCGGAGCGGAGCGGGAGCUGAAAUGGGGAGGAUACCACCAUCAUUACGUUCAGCAGUAUCAACGUCACUGAUCAAAAGGGCUCCAGAUUCUCAACCCCUUUCCGAUCAACCCCGUCAGUUCCUCCACAAACCCAUCAAACGGAAGCCGGCCAAGGUUUCCGCGGCAGAGCAAGAAUCCGGCCGGCUUCAGCAGAAACCCCUGCUAAAGUCCCCGGAUCUCAAUGACGCCAAGAAGCUCUUCAAUUCCCUCGUCGCCGCCGCCCGCGCCCCACUCGAGGUUCGCUUCAACAACGCUUUCCUACAGUCCUACGCCGCCAUCUCCACUCCGGACAAUUCAAUCUCUCUGCUCCACCACAUGUCCAAAACCCUACCUUCCUUCUCCCCCGACCGCUCCACCUUCCACCUCUUGCUCCCUCACUGCUGUGCUUCGCCGGAAUCCUCCCGCUCCCUCUCCGCCGUCCGCCAGACUCUCAAUCUAAUGGUCAACAAGGGUUUCGACCCUAAUCAAGUGACUGUCGACAUUGCGGUUCGGUCUCUCUGUUCCGCCGGGCACGUCGACGAGGCAGUGGAAUUGGUGAAGGAAAUGGCCUUAAAGCACUGUAAGCCUGAUACAUAUACUUACAAUUUUCUGGUCAAGUCCCUUUGCAAGACCAGGGUUUUGAGCUCCGUAUACGGGUUUAUUGACGAAUUCAAAACUUCCUUUGAUGUGGAACCUGAUCUCAUUACAUACACUAUAUUGAUUGAUAACGUCUGUAACUCUAGGAAUCUUAGAGAGGCCACACGGUUGGUGAGUGUGCUUAAGGAAUGUGGGAAUAAACCGGAUUGUUAUGUGUACAAUACCAUUAUGAAAGGGUACUGUAUGCUGAGUAAAGGGAGUGAGGCUAUUGGGAUUUACAAGCAAAUGAAGGAGGACGGUGUGGAGCCUGAUAUGGUUACGUAUAAUACCUUGAUUUUCGGGUUGUCUAAAUCUGGAAGAGUCAGUGACGCUAGGAAGUAUUUGAAAGUCAUGGUGGACAACGGUUAUCUGCCCGAUGCUGUCACCUAUACCUCGUUGAUGAAUGGUUUGUGCAGAGAAGGGAAUGUGAUGGGUGCAGUGGAAUUGUUGGAGGAGAUGAAAGUGAAAAACUGUGAACCGAAUUCAUGCACAUACAAUACUUUGCUUCACGGGUUGUGCAAGGGGAGGAUGUUGGAGAAAGGGAUUGAGCUGUAUGGGUUGAUGAAACAGGUUGGCAUGCAGAUUGAAACAGCUUCUUAUGCCACAUUCGUGAGGGCACUUUGUAGGGAAGGUAGGGUGGCGGAGGCUUAUGAGGUGUUUGAUUAUGCAGUAGAGAGUAGGAGUUUGACUGAUGUAGCUGCAUAUACUACAUUGGAGAGUACGUUGAAGUGGCUGGUGAAAGCUAGACAGCAAGGCCUAGCUGUUUAAAGAUGGUGGCACUAAGAGAUGCAAUGUGAUGCGCCUUAGCUAGAGGGGUGCAACAAGUGACGUUUGAAGGGGAUACGAAGGUUGUGCUAGACAAAGUGGCAUCGGGCAUUGUCAAUGAUGCUCCGGGAGCACGAUCUUGGAAGAAUCUUAUCCCUCAAACCUGUUUUCAUUCUUUCAAUGUUAAGUUUAUUGGUCUGUCUUCUAAUAGGGUGGUCCACUUGGUGACAAAAAAACCCUCUAUAUGUACCCUAUUCUUGUGGGAUUUUAUUUUUGUUUGUGGCUAGUAUCAGUCACUUGACUAUUGUGUAUCUACCUUUUUCCUCGAUAAUACGUGUAAUCUUUUGACACAAAAAAAAAAAGACUUGUACUGAUUUUUAACUA